CGCCACCGCCGCUCCGCCGCCGGCCAUGGCCAAGGACCAGCUGAAGCCGCGGCUGUGCCGAAUGCUCAAGGGGGAGAGCGGCUACGGCUUCCACCUGCACGGCGAGAAGGGCAAGAGCGGCCAGUUCAUCCGCAAAGUGGAGCCCGGCUCGCCCGCCGAGGCGGCGGGGCUGCGCGCCGGGGACCGCGUCGUGGAGGUGAACGGGCUCAACGUGGAGCAGGAGACGCAUCACCAGGUCGUGCAGCGCAUCAAGGCCGUGGAGACGGAGACGCGCUUGCUGGUGGUGGACAAGGAGACGGACGAGUACCUGUGCAGCCUGCGGCUCACCUGCACCGAGGACAUGGUGCACAACGGCAUCCUGCUCAGCCCCGCCAAGGGCCUGCCCAGCGACAACGGCGACGUCUGGAAGCCGCAGCCGGACCUGGGAGGGGGCGGCACGCAGAGACAUUCCCACAGCUUCUCCUCGCACGGCAGCAGGAAGGAUUUAAACGGGCAGAAGGAGCUGUGCCCACGUCUGUGCCACCUGAAGAAAGGCCCCAAUGGCUACGGCUUCAACCUGCACAGCGAGAAAUCCCGGCCGGGGCAGUUCAUCCGCUCCGUGGAUCCCGACUCGCCGGCUUCCCGGGCGGGGCUGCGGCCCCAGGACAGGCUGGUGGAGGUGAACGGGAUCAACGUGGAGGGCCUGCGGCACUCGGAGGUGGUGUCCCACAUCAAAUCCAGGGAGAGCGAGGCCAGGCUCCUGGUGGUGGACCCCGAGACAGACGAGUACUUCAAGAAGCUGGGGGUGACCCCCACGGAGGAGCACACCAAAGGUGUGAUACCCCAGCCCAUGACAAAUGGCUCUGCACAGACUCAGCUGAACGGAGGAUCCACAUCUUCAUCUCACAGCGACCUGCAGAGUCCUGGGAAGGAAUCCGAGGACGGAGACACAGACAAGAAGGACCCGUUUGAGGAGAGCGGGCUGAGCCUGAGCCCCACGGCCGCCGAGGCCAAGGAGAAGGUGAGGGCCAAGCGUGUGAAGAAGCGAGCGCCGCAGAUGGACUGGAACAAGAAGCGGGAGAUUUUCAGCAAUUUCUGAGCCCUGCUGGUGGCCGCCGUCCGCCCUCCUCCCGCCCCAGCUCGGACGUUUCUGAGGUGCCUACGCCCUUGUCCUUCGGUGUCCAUGUGAGAUGCUUUGUGCUCUGCUCCUUCACUGGUUGCUUUUACGAGGCGUAUUUUAAAGUCCUUUUUAUUUUUAUUUUUUAUUAUUAUUGUUAUUAUUAUUAUUAUUAUUAUUGUUACUCACCAGCGAUUCUCAUAAGACCGAUGUGACCAAAGCUCCUUUCCUUGCUUGCUCUUGAGCCUGGCUCCAGCUGCCCACCGUCCCUAUGAGAAAGGACUGGAAGAAUUUUAACUCUUGUUUCUUAUCUGCAUCAUUUAGGCUUCUGUUGCUUCUUUUUUUUUUUUUUUUUUUUCCCCUUUUUUUGUGGGGUGUUUUGGCUUUGUGGGUGUCUCGGACUGAGCCCCAUGGGAUGCUCUGUGCCCCUGUGGAAACAUCUCACGGCUCGUGGUGUGUGCUGCAGGGUGGGGGUGCCAGGGACCCCCUCCCCAGCUCCCCAUGCCCAGCAUUAGCUACUCCCACCAUGGGAAAAUGGACUGUGCCUGGAAAUCGUUCGUUGGCUUUGCUGUUGAAGCAAAAGCAUUUGUUUUGUUGGUUUGUUGUUGUUGUUUUUGUUUUUUUUUAAUGAAGUCCCACGUGUUUCCAGUUAGUUUAGGAACCUCCCCCUCAUCAGCAGCUCCUGCCCCGGCAGUAAAAGCCCAUUUUCCACCCCAAACAGCUCUGCGGAGGGGAGAGGGUGGGGUUUAAAAGCAAACCCCAAACGCAAAGGGCACAGCUCUCCCCCGCUUCAGCCGUGGAUGUGGCAGGGGAAGGAGGGAGCAGGGCCAGUCCUGCCCCACGGAGCACGGAGAUGAGAACCACGAGAUGCUACAAAACCUCUUUGGACAGACCUGGGAGUGGGGAUGACCCAGCACCUGCUUCCAGGAGGGAGCACAGGAUGCAGCUCCAGCUGAGGAGUGGGGCUGCUCCAGGUCCCACCUGGGCUGGGAUUUGGUGUCCCCAGCCCAGGAGUGUCACCGCUGGAAGGGACAUCCUCCGAAGGCGUGGGGUGUCCGUGGGGCUGGAGAUGGAGCAGGCAGCACCUCUGGCUUCCUCCUCCUCUGGGCACUCCGAGUGUACCUUUAGAGCAUUACAGAUUAAGUCCAUUUAAGCUCUUCUAUCGUUGCCUUUGGCUGUGUGAGUGAAGGUGACUCAGCUGCUGAGUUUCCUGGGGCUGUCCUGCUCCCUCCCACGCUGCAGCAGCAAUCCCAGCCCUGCUGUGGGAAGGGACUGGGGACACAGAGCCACUUUUCCCAGUCACCUGGCCAGGGAUGAGCUGUGGCUGUGCCCUGCCUCACUCCAGCCCUUCUGGGGUAGAACCCUUGGGAGGUCAGCGUGCUACGGAUGUGGGAACGGCUCUGCACGGAUUUCCUGAGGUAUUUCCAAAUUAUGGAGCUCGAAGGUGCCUUAGAGCAUUCUCUGCUCUCCUCAGCAGCGGGCUGGGGCUCAGCACAGGGUGUUCCCUGGGGAGCAGCUGGUGCCUGCGGCCUUAUGCUGCUGGCAGGAGCGUGUGGAGAGCCUCAGGGGUGAAGGAGAUGAGUUCUCUUUCCAAAAGUUAUCUUUCAGGACUGUUGAUGGGCUGAAGAGGUUGAAAAUAAUGACUCAGGAGAGGAACUGGUGCAGGUGUUCGGCUGUGGGUGACGAGACGGGCAGAGGGGCGAUGGGGGAUGUGGAGAGGCUGCCUCCCCUCGGGGCUCUGCCAUUGACAGGACACCUCUUCCCAGCCCCACUUCCAAUUACCUGCUCUCUUUCUGGCCCCCAAAAUGCUGUCUUCUCUCUCUGGGUAAUGUUUGGAAGGAGCCCUUCUUUUCCGUGGUGUGUGCGUUGUUCCCUGUGCCCGCGUCGCCAAACCUGGGCUGUGCAGGGCAGAGCGUUCCCGGGACACCGAUGCACGUCAGAGAGCACAGACCUGGUGUAAACACCCCAUUUCUCACCCAAGACGGCUGUAGUUGAAGGGGAGGGGGGAAAGAAAAAAACAAAACCACCUUGUGUAGUGUUGAAUGUAGCUCAAAAGAAAUCAGGUGUGCAAAUCCGUGUCGGUAAGAUUGAAAAUCUUAAUCUCUUAGUCCAUGGAAAACUGCUCCUGGUUGAAGCAUUACUGCAUUCCUGACAUCUUGUAGCUCAGUAAUAAUUAUUCAGUUCCUGUACAUUUAACUUGGAAAAGAAAAAUCAAUAAAGUCUAAGGCUGUCGGCAGCGUUGCAAACCCACCAUGUACACUGUAAUGUCGGUAAUAAACUCGGUUUGCCAUGUA